AGCACAAUUUUUUUCUCAUCAUUUUUAGCUUUCUUUCAUUUACCCUCUCUGCCUUAGCUUCAUUCUAAGGCAGAGAGACCUCUGCCUCAAGCUAUAAAACAAUGGUUUUCCAAGAUUUCGACGUUAUACAAGAACGUCGUCGCCAAGAACGACAAAGAAAGUUUAAAAAACGAAUUACCAUAGUGGUAAUUGCCAUCUUCAUCCUCUUAAUUAUAACUGGAGCAGGAAUCUUUGUGGUGGUUACCAGCGUGAAGAAAAAUGAGGAGAAGUCUCAACCUGCUAAGGGCAAACCGUCACAUUCUCCACCCAAUGAGGUGGUAAGAAAUUCUGAUAAGAUUGUAAAGACUAUAUGUAAUAGUACUCUUUAUCAAGAUACAUGUCAAAGUACCCUUCAAAAGAUUGUGAAAGAUAGUCCUGCGGCAAAAUCUCACCCAAAGGAUCUUCUUAAAGGUGCAAUAUCUGCCACUGUGGAUAAGCUUGAGAAGGCCUUUACAAAUGUUAGUAAGUUGGAAUUCGCCACGCCAGAGGAAAAACAAGCAUUUGAGGUUUGCAAGCAAGUUGUAGCCGACGCUAAGGAAGAACUGCAGACAUCUGUUGAUAACAUUGGCGACGACUUGGGGAAAUUGGAGACCAAUGGUAACGUGAAUAGUUGGCUUAGUGCAGUUAUGUCGUACCAAGAAAAUUGCAUCGAUGCCUUCCCUGAAGGGAAAUUGAAAUCUAACAUGAAGGAUGCAUUUAAUGCAAGUCAGGAACUAACUAGCAACACUUUGGCCAUUGUUAAAUUACUGUCAUCAUUCAUUUUGUCGGUAUCGCAAACAUCAGGAGCCAACCGCCAUCUUUUACAGUCUGGCUCGCAUGAUGUAGUGGAGGACGGGCUUCCAACAUGGAUGAACCGUGAUGAAAGGAGGAUGUUGAAGGGUGACAUUGACAAGCCGACGCCAAAUGUAACUGUCGCUAAAGAUGGUAGUGGAAACUUUACCACAAUCAAUGAUGCAUUGGCUGCAAUGCCGACCAAAUAUGAAGGAAGGUAUGUGAUAUUUGUUAAAGCAGGAAUUUACGAAGAGUACGUGAACAUUCCAAAACAGAUGGUAAAUGUAACAUUAUAUGGCGAUGGAUCACAGAAAUCCAUCAUCACCGGAAACAAAAAUAAAGUAGACGGAGUUAACACUUACUUGACCGCAACCGUUGCUGUCAUGGGAGAAGGGUUUUUGGGCCAGGCAAUGGGUUUUAGGAAUACUGCAGGCCCGGAGAAGGAACAGGCUGUGGCUCUAAGAGUCCAAGCGGACAGAGCAAUUUUCCUCAACUGCCGCUUCGAAGGUUACCAAGACACGCUCUAUGUCCAAACUCACCGCCAGUUCUACCGAAGUUGCGUCAUCGCCGGAACCGUCGACUUCAUCUUUGGCGACGCAACAGCCCUCUUCCAGAACUGCCUGAUCUACGUCAGGAAACCCCUAGAAAAUCAACAAAACGCUGUCACGGCCCAGGGGAGGGUAGACAAAUUCCAAACCUCCGGAAUCGUCCUGCAAAACUGCAAAAUCCUGCCGGAUGACUCCCUGGCCCCAGUCAAGGCCCAGUUCAAGACCUACCUCGGACGUCCAUGGAAGAAAUAUUCUAGAACAAUCAUAAUGGAAUCCACAAUCGAGGAUCUCAUCGACCCUGCCGGAUGGUUGGCCUGGAGUGGAACAUUUGCACUGGAUACCCUAUUCUACGCAGAAUUCAACAACGAAGGUCCCGGUGCCAAGAAAGACGGCAGGGUGAAGUGGCCGGGACUGAAAACCAUAACCAAGGACCAGGCCGAGAAAUUUACAGUAGGACCAUUCUUACAGGGGGCAUGGAUCAAUGAUACAGGUGCUUCUGUUCAUUUUGGUCUGUUUAAAUGAGAAUUUUAAUUUUAAAUUUGUUUGUGAAUUUAGUUUGAGCCUUUCUGAAAAGAUGAAGA